AAGUAUUCUCGGCCAUAUAUCCACCUACUAGCAAAAACGACUUGGCAGCAGAGAGAUUAAUGCACGUCGUCGGUGAUCUCUUUAUAAGCCAAUUCCCGCCUUUGUCAUGAUCCACGCAUCUCAGAACUGCAACAGAAGAGAAAAGAGAGAUACAGAUAAUUGGUCAUAAAAAUGGCGCCAUGGUCGAUCCGAGUUAUAGUACUGAUGGUAGCGGUGGCGGCUUGUGGUCUUUUUCCGGCGUCAGUGGAAUGCAUGGUCCGGCACUACAAAUUCAACGUGGUUAUGAAGAAAGCCACAAGAAUGUGCUCAAGUAAGCCCAUUGUGACAGUGAAUGGAAGGUCUCCUGGUCCCACCAUUUAUGCCAGGGAGGACGAUACCGUGCUGGUCAAGGUGGUCAACCACGUCAAGUACAACGUUAGCAUCCACUGGCAUGGAAUAAGGCAACUUCGGACGGGUUGGGCAGAUGGACCAGCUUACGUAACACAAUGCCCAAUUCAACCAGGGCAACAAUACGUAUACAACUUCACCAUCACUGGCCAAAGGGGUACGCUGUGGUGGCAUGCUCACAUUCUUUGGCUCAGGGCCACUGUCCAUGGCGCUUUGGUCAUCUUGCCCAAGCGUGGAGUUCCUUACCCUUUUCCCACACCGCACAAGGAAGUCGUUGUUGUAUUAGGUGAAUGGUGGAAAUCAGAUGUUGAAGCUGUCAUUAAUGAAGCUUUAAAAUCUGGCUUGGCCCCCAAUGUUUCCGAUGCUCACACCAUCAAUGGCCAUCCGGGACCUCUCUCAAGCUGCCCUUCUCAGGCAGGCUUUAGAUUGCCAGUAAAUACCAGCAAGACAUACAUGCUACGAAUCGUCAAUGCUGCACUGAAUGAAGAACUUUUCUUCAAGAUUGCUGGCCAUAAACUCACCGUUGUUGAGGUUGACGCCGUGUACACAAAACCUUUCAAAACCGACACCAUUCUCAUUGCACCAGGCCAGACCACAAACGCCCUCCUGACCGCUGAUCUUCGAAGCGGCAAGUACAUGGUUGCAGCCUCGCCUUUCAUGGACGCACCCAUUGCAGUAGACAACGCCACUGCCACUGCCAUAUUACACUACUCGGGAACUGUAGCCUCUUCCGCCACCAUUCUCACUGCCACACCUCCCCGAAACGCCACACAAAUAGCUGCAAACUUCACCAAAUCCCUCCGAAGCCUCAACUCGAGAAAGUAUCCUGCUAGAGUCCCCUUGAAAAUCGAUCGUUCCCUGCUAUUCACCGUCGGACUCGGUGUAAACCCCUGCUCUACUUGUGUGAAUGGCAGCCGCGUGGUGGCGGAUAUCAACAAUGUUACGUUUGUGAUGCCCACCAUUUCACUUCUCCAAGCUCACUUCUUCAACAUGAGUGGUGUUUUCACUGAUGAUUUCCCUGGAAACCCACUAAUAAAGUAUAACUAUACCGGCACGCAACCGACGAAUUUCCAGACCACGACAGGGACGAAGCUUUAUAGACUUGCUUACAACUCAACGGUACAGCUAGUUUUGCAAGACACUGGGAUGAUAACCCCUGAAAACCAUCCUCUCCAUCUGCAUGGUUUCAAUUUCUUCGAGGUUGGAAGGGGACUGGGUAACUUUAAUCCGAAGAAAGAUCCAAAGAAAUUCAAUCUUGUUGACCCUGUGGAGAGGAACACCAUUGGAGUACCUUCUGGUGGAUGGACCGCUAUUAGAUUCAGGGCAGAUAACCCAGGGGUUUGGUUUAUGCAUUGCCAUUUGGAAGUGCACACGACAUGGGGGCUGAAGAUGGCAUUUAUUGUGGACAAUGGAAAAGGCCCUGAUGAAUCUCUUCUACCUCCUCCAAGUGACCUUCCCAAGUGCUAGCUAGCCAUUGCGCAAGAGCUUUUGCAUAAACUCAUUGGAGACGAGAGAGAAAACAGAUAAAAAAGAGAUCAUGGAGAAAAGAAAUCAGAUUGGAAUUCUUUUAGUCUUGAUCUUAUUUCAUUUUGUGUCCCGACCUAUAUACUUUUUUGAGUGCUUGUAAUUAAACUUGCCCAAAGGAAUAUUUUUCUAAUUUUACAAAUUACAGAUUAUAUGAAUUCAUCACAUAUAUUUUGGGAAAA